GGAGCAGGGCGUGCCCUGCCUAGUACACGAGUGGGAUUCCUAAUCGCUCACAAACUGCCUCUGUGUCUGGUCUACCACCCGCUUUACCGUCGCGUAUAGCCUUCCAUUUAAUUGUGUGCGAUAGUGUGAUAAGUCAAGAGUGGAGUCAGUGGGAUCAUUGAACGUGUAGUGAGUAUGUCGGCUAACGGGCCCGCUGGAGUUGACUGCACGGACGCGAGAAGAGGCGACGGGCAACGUUCCGAUAGUUCCAUGGACGUGGAAGCCCGGCAGGCUCAGUCACACAGCUACAGAUACAGCCUCCAGUUCCCCUCCAUAGGACAGUGUAUCAUCAUCAACAACAAGAACUUUGACAGGAGUACAGGCAUGAAUCAACGCAACGGCACCGACGUUGAUGCGGCAAACGCCAUGAACGUGUUCGCCAAGUUGGGUUACAAGUGCAAAGUUUACAAUGACCAGACAGUGGUGCAGUUGAAACAGGUUCUAACUGCAGUUUCCAAGGAGGACCACGGUGGCUGUGCGUCGUUGGCGUGCGUGUUGCUGAGUCACGGCGACGAAGGCGUCUUCUUCGGCACCGAUGGCUCCAUCGAGCUCAAACGCCUCACCUCGCUUUUCCGCGGGGAUCGCUGCAAAACUUUGGUGGGCAAGCCCAAACUCUUCUUCAUACAGGCGUGCAGAGGCACCGAGCUGGACGCCGGCAUCGAAACUGACAGCGUCGACGAUGGCGCCGCCAGGAUCCCCGUCGAGGCGGACUUCCUCUACGCCUACUCCACUGCGCCAGGUUACUACUCCUGGAGGAACACCAUGACGGGCUCGUGGUUCGUCCAAUCGCUGUGCGAGAUGCUGAGGGCACACGGCCACUCGCUGGAGCUGCAGCACAUCCUGACCCGCGUCAACCACAAGGUAGCGCUGGAGUUCGAGUCUGCGUCGACCGCGCCGGGCUUCGACGCCAAGAAGCAGAUCCCGUGCAUCGUGUCCAUGCUGACCAAGGAGAUGUACUUUGUACCCUGACCUACCACAACUUCCUUUUCAAUUAUUUCCAGUUUACGGGCAUUGUUGUUAAUAUUGCAUUUCUAUUGGCAUUAUUCUGAAUAUUAUUUAUAUUUGUGUGAAGCAUUUUGUGAUAAAUGCUCACUUCAUUGGCAA